AUGUUCAUCCUAACCAAAAUCGCCGAUCUAGUCGAGAUCGCACCAGAGGAUUUCCGCAAGAAGAGCGGUACCGCAAUUGAGGACAAUAUCAACGCAAAGUACGCGAACAAGGUUAUUCAAAAGAUUGGCCUCUGCAUAUGUCUCUAUGACAUCCUCUGGACCUCAGAAGGACUCAUCGGCCACGGCACCGGCCUCGUCAACGUCAACGUUGAAUUUAGAAUGAUCGUCUUCAGACCGUUCAAGGGCGAGGUCAUGAUUGGCAGGAUCAGGAGUUCUACGCCAGCCGGCAUCAACCUGAGAACAGACUUUUUCGACGACAUUUUUAUCCCCUUCGAUGAGCUCCCCGAGGGUGCUGAAUACAACCACUCGGAGCAAUUAUGGAUCUGGAAUAUCGAAGGCGACAGACUCUUCUACGACAACCACGAAAUGGUCAGAUUCCAAGUUAUUGACGAGGAGUGGCACGACCAGACGCCUGCGGGCCCAAGUCAAGGAGAGGAGGCCGCCCCGCCAAAGCCACCAUACAAGGUGAAGGGCACCAUGGCGAUGGAAGGUCUCGGCGUGUGUCUCUGGUGGGAUGGUCAGGGCAGCGAGUAG